AUGGCAACGGCAGCAGAUCUGCACAAUCAAAUUGCCUUGGCCAAAAAGACUUUGGAAGAGAAGAAACAACAUACGCAGCAUCUCCGCGAGGAAUCCACGCGUGCGGAGGAGAGACAGCGACUCCGUCGCCAGCUUGAGGAGGUGCAGAAGCACAUCUCUCAUCAGGAGUCCAUCAACAGCGGUGAGCGCAACUACCGCCGCUUGCUGGAUGCUGAUGCCUUGGGCAACACGCCUUCGGAUGGAUCGAAGCCCUAUGAACCGCCGCCCGCCCGUUUCAACCCGGGAAGCAACGGCGAACUGGUCCAUUGCGCUGAAGUGGUGGCCAAAGGUGACUACGAGUGGCGCAUUGAUGGCAUGAGUUGGUUGGUGAAUGCCCUGCAGCAGAAUGAAUGCCCCAGCCUGGAGUCUUGUGCUUUCAUUGUGGGUGGGGAGGAAUUCACACUGCAGUACAACCCGAAAUGUGGUGAUGUGGGCGAUCUUGGAGGGCAACGAGGCUCCCUCUGCCUGGUCCAUCAGGAUGAAGGUGGCAUCACCUUCCGCUACAGGGCCUUGAUCAAAAAUGCCGCAGGCUCCUACGUCCAGUGGGGUCCCGAAGGCAAUGAGUGCUACCCAGCAGAGAGCACCUGUGGUCGGGCCUUCGGGCCGGAUGUCUACUUUGUGGAGGACAUGGACGACUCGAACCACCAGGUGGGUAUCUUCGGCAUGACCCACGAGCAGCUCUUGAAGUCUGAAUGGGUGGUGGAUGGGGCAUUGACCGCGAAGUUUGAACUGGAGGUGCGCCCCAACGUGGAGCUGGACCCAAUGCCCUUGAAACGGGCCUCCAUUGAGGUGCCCCCAUCCACCAUUGCGGCCGAGUUCACGGCCAUGCUUGAAGAGGGACGGGGCGCGGACGUGACCUUCUUGGUCCAGGGGGAACGGGUCCCGGCGCACUCUCAAAUCCUUGCGGCCAGGUCGAGUGUUUUUGAACGGCAGUUGAAUUCUGGCAUGAAGGAAUCCAUUUCCAAAGAGAUCAUGGUGGAGGAGUGCGACCUCGAGACCUUCAAGGCUCUGCUGAAGUUUAUCUACACAGAUGAUUUGCAGCGCAUUGAGGAGCUGGCUAAGAUGACAAAGGCGGAUUGCGUAGGCAACAAACUACCUGCACCUUUCUUGCAAAAAUUGCUGUCCGUCAGCCACCUCUACCAGGUGAGUCGAUUGCGCAUUUGGUGCGAGCACAAACUGUGCGAGUGCCUGACAGUUUGUGAUGCCUUCUCUAUCUUGUGUCAAGGACAUUUGUAUGAGGCUAAGCAGUUGGAACAGGCCUGCUUGGCCUUCAUCAAGGACAACUUGGCUCAAGUGGUCAGCAGCUCUUCCUUUGGUCGCGGAUGCAAGGAGUGGCCUGAAGUGGUCUUAAAGAUCAAUGCUGCCACCGCAGGCUUGGACGAGCGCUCUGCCGGGAUGGCCUUCGAGGCUCUGCGAGAGAAGAAACCUGAGGUGCCCGAGAUCUCGGAUUCAGGCGCAGAAGCCGUGCCGGCUGCAGAGUCCGGGACAAAGACUGUGAAAUCCGAGAAGCCACCCUCUGAGAAACCAUCCGAAAAGCCACCAGCAUCUACUGAGAAACCGGCCAAGAGGAAGCGAACCAGUUGA